CAGUCCAGGGAAACUAAUCUGCAGAACUGACCUGUUCAUCACAAUGAAGCUGCUGUUUUCUCUGUUUCUUCUCUGGGCACUCUCCACCACAGCUGGAGCCCUCCAGUGCCAAACCUGCACAAAUUCAGUAUGUUCAAGCACAGCACUACUUACAUGCUCCUCAUUGGAACCAAUGUGUGUUACAGCUACCAUUCUAGCUACUUCAUCUGGAACUCCGGUCACACAAAUCUACAAGGCAUGUGCAUCUUCCUCCCUGUGUCCAGCUGUAACCUCUCAGACAUUUUCAGUCGACCUGGGUUUUCAAAGUGCUCUGGCUUCUGCUCAGUGCUGCAACACAGAUAACUGCAACUCAGCAACUCUGCCAAAUCCUGCUUCUCAGUCAAAUAAUGGUGGAGUAUGCAACUUUUGUGACCCUUCCACUGGUCAGUGCUCCUCCACAUUACAGUGUCAGGGAGUGGAGAACCAAUGCUUCCAAUCAACCAUCAAAAGCGGCACCAGCACGUAUCCAGGUUACGGCUGCGCAUCUGCAAACCUGUGUGCAGCUGCUUCAAUGCUGGGUUCUCUACCUUUCAUGCAGAGCGUUGGUACAGUAUCAGGUGUUGCCUGUUCUGCAGCACCAACUACAACUGCUGCCCCAACUAAACAAACCACCACCCCAACUACAACUACAACCACCACAACUACAACCACCACCCCAACUACAACUACACCACCACCCAAACUACAACCACCACCCACCAACUACACACACCCCACCCACCCCCAACUACAACCACAACCACCGCAACUACAACACCUACAGCUACAACAAUUGCCACAACUACAACCACCUCACAACUACAACCACCGCCCAACUACAACCACACCGCACAACCACAUCCACCGCUGCAACCACCAUCCCAGCUACAACUACAACCACUACCGCAACUACAAUAACCACCCCAACGACAACUACAACCACCGCGCCAACUACAACAACAGCCCGUACAACUACAUCCACCGCCGCAACCACAACCACUGUCCGCCAACUACAACCCCUCCUACAACACAACCACCCCACCUACAACCACCACCCAAUUACAACACGCCGCCGCAACUACAACCACAACCACGCCGCAACUACAACCAACCACCCCACAACAACUACAACGUCGCAACACAACCACGCAUCCCAACCACAACCACCGUCCCAACACAAACUACAACACCAACCCCGCAACUACAACAACCACCCCAACAAACUACAACCACCGUGCCAACUACAACCACCCGCAACUACAACCACCACCCCAACUACAACACCGCCUGCUACGACAACCACCACCCCAGCGACAACCAUCAACCCAACAACAACCACCACAACUACAAUCACCGCUCCAACGACAACCACUACAACUACAACCACCGCUCCAACGACAACCAUUACAACUACAACCACAGUCCCAACUACAACCAGUACAACUACAACCACCGCCCCAACUACAGCUACAUCCAGUAUCCCAACUCCAACAACCAGCUCAACAACAAGCAUCCCAACUACAACCUCCGCCUCAACAACAACUACCAUUGCAACUACAACCACUACACCAACUACAACCACCACCCCAACUACAACCACCACCUCAACAACAACCACCGCUCCAACAACAACCACCGCCCCAACUACAACCACGGCUACAACUACAACCACCACCCCGACUACUAUCACUACAACUCCAUCCACUACCCCAACUAUAACCACCGCCCCAACUACAGCUACAUCCAGUACCCCAACUACAACAUCCGCCUCAAAAACAACCACCACAACUACAACCGUCACCCCAACUACAACCACGGCCACAACUACAACCACUACACCAACUACAACCACGGCUACAACUACAACCACUACACCAACUACAACCACCACUCCAACUACACCCACUGCCUCAACUACCACAACCACUACCCCAACUACAACCACUAAAAUUACAACCACUACCCCAACUACAACUUCAACAACAGGAUCAAGUACAACUACUGCCUCCACAACCAAAAGUGAUGCUUGUUCCA